UGUAACAGUAACAUUAAACGGUGAAACGAAAAGCAAGACAACCGUUAGGAUGUUUAUUCACUGACACUGGGCAUUUCCAGGGAAUAGACGGAUCCGGUAACUGAAAGGCGAGACUGGAUUCCAUAGCAGUAGUAGGGAAAACCAGGAAAUAGAUGGAGCCAUGAUAUAAAUUUAAAGUUUACACAAAAUACUUUUACACUUUAUCCAACAACAAGAAGUGUGUGAGGCGGUGUCCAUGGUGAUAAGAGUGAACCGGAGGCGGGGCUUUAACGGAACAGCUGGUGGUCACAGACUGUAGUAACGGCAGAUGAAGGGAAGAGCCCGAGCAGAGAGCAGCACGAUGCGGGUCAGAGUCUCUCUGUGGCUGACAUGGAUUUGUCUCGUGCAGUGCUCCGGGAUGCUGUCUCACGUGGAGAGGUAUGAGGUGAUCAGACCUCAGAGACUUCCAGGGAGACAGAAGAGGAGUGUGCAGGACACUCAGCUGUAUCCUGACACGGUUCAGUACCAGCUUGCUAUUGAAGGGACAGAUCACACAAUUCAUCUGGAAAAGAACAGGAAUCUUAUCGGGAAGGACUACACAGAAACACAUUAUUCAGAAGAUGGAAACAGGGUGACGACAUCUCCAGAUGAGGAGCACUGCUACUAUCACGGCCACGUCCAAGGCAUGAAGGACUCCUCGGUCAGUGUUGGGAUUUGUUCAGGAAUCAGUGGUUUCGUUCGAGCACGGCAGCAGGUUUAUCUGAUCGAGCCUCUGGGACGCUCUGAUGAUGCUGAUCAUGCAGUUUACAGAUGGGAGCACCUGAAGACCAACGGCACCGUCAGCUGCGGCUCAUCGUCCAACACAAACACCUCUGUACUGUACGACCGAGACCAGGACCUGAUCCCUGCUGCUCUCUUCAGGUCCAGAUCAUGGAAAACAAAACCAGCCUCAGGGCCUCAGAAAUUUGUGGAGCUGUUUGUAGUGGUGGACAACACUGAGUAUAAGCAAUAUGGAAGUGAGACUAAGACCCGUAUCCUUGGAGUCGUGAACCACAUCGAUAAGUUGUAUCGGACUCUGAACAUCCGUAUCAUGCUGGUGGGUUUGGAGAUUUGGACGUACAGAGACCACAUUGAUGUCAGCAUCAAUUCGGAAACCACUCUGGACAACUUCCUCUUGUGGCGGCAGUCUGAGCUUCUGCAGAGGACGAAGCACGACAACGCUCAGUUUGUGACAGGCAAAGUGUUUGAAGGGGACACAGUCGGACUUGCAAAUAAGUUUGCCAUGUGUACUGAAAACUCUGGUGGAGUUAAUCGGGAUCACCACAAUAAUCUCAUGGGCCUCACCUCCACCAUCGCUCAUGAGAUGGGACAUAACUUCGGCUUGUCUCAUGAUGCUGCAGGUUGUGUUUGUGGUCCAUCUUACAGCACUGGAAACUGUGUGAUGGCAGAAAAGCUCAGGACAGGAGCUCAUGCGUUCCCGGAGUUUUUCAGCAGCUGCAGCGUGGAUCAGCUCGCUGAAUUCAUGGAGCGAGCUCAGCCCAGCUGUUUAACCAAACCCAGCUCUGCUCGGACCAUCAGUGUGGGCUCUCUCUGUGGAAACGCCCUGCUGGACCCCGGGGAGGAGUGCGACUGUGGCACAGUGGAGGAAUGCAAGAACUCGUGUUGUGAUGCAUCAACAUGUCGUCUGACUGAAGGAUCCCAGUGUGCCCAUGGACAGUGCUGUGACAACUGCCAGUUCUCUCCAUCUGGAAGUGAGUGCAGAAAGUCGGCUGGUGACUGUGACCUGCCUGAGUACUGCACAGGAGUGUCCGAGGAGUGUCCCGAAGACAGCUUUGAAAUGAACGGCAAACCGUGCUACGAGCAGGCUCAGGGAUACUGCUACGACGGCCAGUGUCCCUCAUACGAGCAGCACUGCUGGAGGCUGUUUGGACAAGGGGCCAGAGUUGGACCUGAUAUGUGUUUCGACCUGAACAGACGGGGCGAAGAGGGCGCUAACUGCGGGAAGACCAAACUGGGCUACGUCUCUUGUGCAAGACCGAAUCUGAAGUGUGGAUCUAUGUUUUGCGGCGGCGGAGGAGAGUCCAUCACGGGUAAAAGAGCGUCCUACACUGUGUACGGCUUCGACUGUAAAGUAGCCGUGGAUGACGACAAGACCAGAAACAUGGACAUGGUGCCAAAAGGAGCCAUCUGUGGACCAAACAAGGUUUGCCUCGACAACAAAUGUGUGGAUGUGUCCGUUUAUGGGAAGAAGGAGGACUGUGCAAAGAAAUGCAACAAUAACGGGGUGUGCAAUCAUAAGAAAGAGUGUCAGUGUAGUCCAGGCUGGGCUCCACCGUACUGUGACAUCCAGUAUGCAGAUCUAUCUCAAGACCAGAGCGGGAUAAUAGCUGGUGUGUGUGCCGUCCUCUCCGUCCUCCUCAUCAUCACUGCUGUGAUCGCCGGUCUCAUGUGCUGCAAGAAGGACAACAUGGACAACUACACAUCCAAAAGGAAAGUGCACUCCGCUCCAGGGAAGCUGAACCCGAUGUUCAAGGAGCCGAGCGUUAAAGACCGGCCUCAGAUCAGUCUGCCUACUUUCAUGGAGUCAACAGCGACACAAGCCUGCACUCCACUCAUCGUCACAGUGACUCCCUGCAGGCCGGCUCCACAGCCGCCAAAGAAACCGUCCGCGGCGUCGUCUACCUCACAAACUGAGACGACAAUACCUCAGCCUCCAUGCAAACCUUUACCCCCUGUGAGUAAACCGCAGUAUCAAGCAGCUAAACCGGGUCCUCCUGUCCCUCCAGUCAAGCCCAGUCCUCCUCCAGCUGCCAGACUCAAACCGUGCCAUGGGAGGGAGGCCUUUUUCCAGAUCAAACGUGUGUGAGUCACUUUUCCAGAGAUGUAGUUCGUGACCGCGGCUUCACCGGCGGAGACCGUCUGAUGACAUGAGACCAAAGAAUCACGGCUGCAGUGAAAAACUCUCCUUGAACUCCUGGAGCAGCUGUUUGUUUGUUUGUUUGUGAAACUGUCUCUGUCGUGAGUGUAACGUCAGGGUGACUGAGUUUAAGUGUGAGUGACUGAUGCUCAUGUGGAAAUGUACUUUUUAAAUAUUUAUUUAUUGUAAGCGUGAGGGACUGCACAUGUUUUUUAGGGGGGUGAAGAAAGAAAGAGGAGGAGGUGCUGCUCAAGCAAUGAUUCUUUAAGUACUCUGUGCACCUUAAAGUCAAAGUGUUGAAGACUUUCAGGCGCAUGAUUGUCAUAUGAGUCUGAAUCUUUUUGAUGAUGGAGGUUACGCCGCACUAAUGUAAGCCUGAGCAUUUCCAGAAACAGAUAAAAAUCACAACAGAGAGCAGGAAGAAUGUUUUUAUGGUUUCUCUGCAGAGUUCUGUUACUACGACCAAAGAAGAGAAGAAAAAAAAACAUCUGCAGAACUCUUUUUUUAUACAAUCUCUUUUAGAGUAAUGUCCAAAAACAAACAUACUGUUAUCUCAUUCUGCAAUAUCCUAUUUUUAAAACUUAGCAUCAAGUGUUUGCGUCCAUGUUUUCAAUGCAACUCUUUCUUUUAGCUCUGUUUUUGGUCACCACCUCCCAAAAGUGGAUACUUGCUCUUACUUUAGCCUCUAAAAGCUCCACUUUGUUCCCCACUUGUUCACUCAGAGACUGCUUUGUCUCUGUUAAGUCAACCUUUACAGCAUUAUGUUUUUCUUUCACAUGUCUUGUGUUUGUUGUCACCUGAAGGCGAGUCUCAGGAAAACAAACGAACGAUUCUCACUGAAGCACUUUUUUAUCAUUAAGUUAUUUUAAAGUUUUGUUUUUAUGGUUACAGCCAUUCUGAGGAGCUUCUUUAUACAUCUGUUUAAUGUGGUUGUUCCUCUUUUCAACCAAGGCAAACCUGGUUGUAGUUCCAGGCUGGUGCUCGCACUGGUUUGGAGCUGGUUCAACUUGAGAACCAACUCAGCACCAGUUUGUUUUUCCACCCACUCGAGCCCGUGGAAGAGCCAUGGCGUCAUGACAUCACUUCUACGUGACGGCUUUUCCUAUGAGUGCUAGCGCAAACUUUCCCUCACAAUAUCAAAGAUGGUGGACAACAUAUCAUGCUUGCUGGUGUUGCUCCUGGCUUUUCGUAAUCACAUGAAGCCCAGAAGAGAACAUUAUCAACACUUCUGUGCUACUCGUCGUGCUUUACAUGGACGGCGACUUCACCCCUCGCCUCCCACCGCUCGCCCCUGGUGUGAGCAGUUUGCAGUUCUAGACCAGCAACGAGUUGGUGCUGCUCUGGAACCUGUUUUCCUGGCCGGAAUCCGGUUCUCUCGCAUUCAAAACACAAAAAACUGGAUCUCAAUUGAGCACCGGCUCCGAACCGGGUAGUGGUGGAGACCAAAAACAGAGCUAAAAAGAGAGUUAGUCGUCAGUCACUGAGUCUGUCUGGCUUUAGUUUUUUUGCUGAGUGUGUAGGGUUCAGUUGUUUUCACAGCUUUGUCUCUGAACAGGACGUCCAUUAAUUGAGUUUUGACUCAACAAUGACUCAACCUUUUUUUUUUUUUAAGAGUUCCCAUGAAAGUGAGUAGAUGCUCUGGAUUAUCUCAUCACGUCUUGUUCUUAUAGUCUCCUUUGUGUGAGUUUUCUGGACCAGAAAUGACACCACAGAGCUUUAAUGGGCAUUCCUUGAGAUAUCUGGAAAAAAUGUGACGACUUAUUCUUCACAGGUUUCUACAUUUCUUUAAUUUGAAUCCAAUGUUUGUGUCAAACCUAUCACUCCCAGGUAAAACUCCACUUCCUGAGGACAAAGUGAUACUUGUUUCUCUUUGCUGAUUUUAUCCUGUUCUUGUAAGAAGUGUUUUUAGAUAAAAAAAAUCUCAUCUUGCUUUCUUUUAAUGUAACUAGCAUAAAUCACUGUGUGCAUUCGCCGUGAAAAAUAUGAACAAAGGCUGUUUCUGCAGCUUGCAUUUCAUCUCUUGGACACAAACACUAAUUACAAAAUCAAAACCUACUCACAUCUGCAGAAAACGUUGUAAACAAAGGUUUUUUUCGUACCACUUCAGCCGGGUUGGUGUCUGUUUUUCUUUUCUUUUUGCUCUGUUUUUGGUCUCCACCACCUCCUGGGGUAAAUCGCUCGCUCUUCAGCUGCUACAUGCUCCCCUUUGUUCCCCCGUUACAUUGAGUCCCUCUGUUUUUUGGUGCUGUAAGGGUGCAGGGCAAUUUUGCAGCUUUUUCUACAACAAUGCAAAACAAAAGUCGUACUUAAAAAAAGCCGAAUUGUAUUUGUGUGCAGUCGUAAACCUGUGCCUGAAGCCAGUCUGUGCCUCCCUCCCUGAUCUUUCUUUCCUCUGAACCUGUGAACGGUACACACACACACACACACACACACACACUGAGGGAGGCCUUGCACAGUUCAGAUGACCUGUGGGUGUGACUGUGCUUCACCUUUAACACGCUCCCUGUGUUAUCUUCAGUCCCGGGUGUCGCGGAGCCUCGAGGAGCCAGUAUCAGAUUUUUUUACUGCACUGAAAUCAUUUUUAGAAAAUCAGUUUCUGAGUUUUAUACGACGUUAGUGUCACUUCUUCAUCAGAGGGGCCUUUGUUUUAGAAUUUAAGUGCACUUUUUGAACCAGUAUGACGUUCGAAGCAGAAUGAGGUGAUUGUGUUGCAUUAAGAGAUUACAUAAUUAAUCACUGUGAAGUUAAAACAUGAUAAAGGAUUGAUUCUCUGACUGUGUUUUUUAUGUGACUUGCAUAAAGAUUAAAGGUUUUUCCUCUAUGA